GAUAUCUCUCAUUUUAUCCAUCGACAGCGUCGAAGUCGGUUAAGGAACGCGCGCUCGCGAAGGGGGGUAACGAUCAAUAUCCAGGUCGCUCUACGGUAUUUCUCUAUCUAUGUUGUCAGAAAUAAACAGAAGACUCCAAGAAGGGCUAUACUGCUGACGGGAGUACCGUAA